GCGGGCGCAGCCCCGGAGCAGGCGGCCCCGAGGGUCCCCGCACCCCGACUCGGCUCCCGGGCUCGGGACCCGGACCCGCGGCGGCCGCGCGCGCAGCCGGAAAUUCCAUCAGAUUGAUAAUGGAGGAGAACAAUGAUUCCACGGAGAACACCCAGCAAGGCCCAGGGCGGAACAAUGCCGUGAAGUGUGGGUGGCUGAGGAAGCAAGGAGGUUUUGUCAAGACUUGGCACACGCGCUGGUUUGUGCUCAAGGGAGAUCAGCUCUAUUAUUUCAAAGAUGAAGAUGAAACCAAGCCCUUGGGUACUAUUUUUCUGCCUGGAAAUAAAGUUGUUGAGCAUCCUUGCAAUGAAGAAAACCCAGGAAAAUUCCUUUUUGAAGUAAUUCCAGGAGGUGACCGAGAUCGGAUGACAGCAAAUCAUGAGAGCUACCUCCUUAUGGCGAGCACCCAGAAUGAUAUGGAAGACUGGGUAAAGGCCAUCCGCCGUGUGAUAUGGGGACCUUUUGGAGGAGGCAUAUUUGGACAGAAGCUGGAAGACACUGUCCGGUAUGAAAAAAGAUACGGGAACCGCCUGGCCCCCAUGCUGGUGGAACAGUGUGUGGGCUUUAUCCGGCAAAGGGGCCUCAAAGAAGAGGGUCUCUUCCGGCUGCCAGGCCAGGCCAACCUCGUGAAGGAGCUCCAGGAUGCCUUCGACUGUGGCGAGAAACCAGCAUUUGACAGCAACACGGAUGUGCACACGGUGGCUUCGCUCCUUAAACUGUAUCUCCGAGAACUUCCAGAGCCAGUUAUUCCUUACGCCAAGUAUGAAGACUUCUUAUCCUGUGCCAAACUGCUCAGCAAGGAAGAGGAAGCAGGUGUGAAGGACUUAGCAAAACAAGUGAAGAGUUUGCCGGUAGUCAAUUACAACCUCCUCAAGUAUAUUUGCAGAUUCUUGGAUGAAGUACAGUCCUAUUCUGGAGUCAAUAAAAUGAGUGUGCAGAAUUUAGCAACAGUCUUUGGUCCUAAUAUCCUGCGCCCCAAAGUGGAAGAUCCUUUGACCAUUAUGGAGGGCACGGUGGUGGUCCAGCAACUGAUGUCCGUGAUGAUCAGCAAACACGAUCGCCUCUUCCCCAAAGACACAGAUCUUCAAAGCAAGCCCCAAGAUGGCACGUGCAACAACAACAAUGACCUCCAGAAGAAAGCCACCAUGGGUCAGCUCCAGAACAAAGAGAACAAUAACACCAAGGAGAGUCCCGGCAGGCAGUGCUCCUGGGACAAGCCGGAGUCCCCGCAGAGAAGCAGCAUAGAUAACGGGUCACCCACAGCCCUCUCGGGCAGCAAAACCAACAGUCCACGGAACAGCGUGCACAAGCUGGACGUGUCUCGGAGCCCCCCUCUCAUGGUGAAGAAGAACCCCGCCUUCAAUAAGGGGAGCGGGAUUGUCACCAACGGCUCUUUCAGCAGCAGCAACAUGGAAGGACUGGAGAAAGCCCAGAGCACGCCCAAUGGGAGCUUGCAGGCCAGGAGAACCUCCUCCCUGAAGGGCCCUGGCACUAAAAUGGGCACCCACAGUGUGCAGAAUGGAACUGCACGCCUGGGAGUCCUCAACAGCGACACCCUGGGGCCCCCCAUGAACGGUCGCAGCAUGAGCUGGCUGCCCAAUGGCUAUGUGACCCUGAGGGACACCAAGCCGAAGGAGCAGGCAGGCGAGUCAGGCCAGCACCACCGGCUCUCAACCUACGACAACGUCCAUCAGCAGUUCCCCACGGUGAACCUGGAUGACAAGCAGAGCGUGGACAGCGCCACCUGGUCCACGUCCUCCUGUGAGAUCUCCCUCCCCGAGAACUCCAAUUCCUGCCGGUCCUCCACCACCACCUGCCCAGAACCAGACUUUUACGCGGGCAACUUUGAGGACCCUGUUUUGGAUGGGGCCCCCCAAGAUGACCUCUCCCACCCUGGGGACUAUGAAAACAAGAGUGACCGGAGGAGUGUGGGAGGUCGAAGUAGUCGUGCCACCAGCAGCAGCGACAACAGUGAGACGUUCGUUGGCAACAACACCGGCAACCACAGUGCACUACACAGUCUGGUGUCCAGCUUGAAACAGGAAAUGACCAAACAGAAGAUAGAGUAUGAGUCUAGGAUAAAGAGCUUAGAACAGAGAAACAUGACUUUGGAAACAGAAAUGAUGAACCUCCACGAUGAGCUGGAUCAAGAGAGGAAAAAGUUCACCAUGGUCGAAAUAAAGAUGCGGAAUGCCGAGAGAGCGAAAGAGGAUGCGGAGAAGAGAAACGACAUGCUUCAGAAAGAAAUGGAGCAGUUCUUUUCUACGUUUGGGGAGCUGACAGUAGAACCCAGGAGAACCGAGAGAGGAAAUACUAUAUGGAUUCAAUGAGCCCGCGUUCUCCCUUUGUCCUGACGGGAUCUGGGAAAGACCGUAGGGGUUCUGGUGGGAAUAUACGGGAUCAGGUGGCUGGUUGCCUGGUUGUGCAGUACCCUCACUGGGGAAGGGAUAUCAUUUAUAGACAUCACACAUCCAUAUCUGCAACGUGUACCAAAGUUAUAUCAUGCCUCAUAAUGCUACUGUCAAGUGUUACAACUGGAUAUGUGUAUAUAGAGUAGUUUUUCAAAAGUAAACUAAAAAUGAGACGCAUAGCUCCAGAAUUAUUUUAUUGCAAGUCUUGUAUUUAAAAUGUUAAAUCAAUAUGUCGUUGCAAUUCAGCUUGCUUUCAAGCUUCACUUCUUGCACUUAACAUAAGCUAUUUUUGGCAUUGUGUUAUCAUCAGCUUAUUUUAUAGAUCGAUAUUUUUAUUUCCCCUUUUGUUGAGGAAAUGAAGAUAAGCAGAUAUAUAAAUAUAUAAGAGUAUAUAUCAGAGGAGUUAUUAAAAUCGAAAGAAUACUUUGUGAUCGUGCUGUUUGUGCCAAUAGACCUUGCCAUGACCAAAAAGAGAAAUGUAAAUAGUUUUUAUAAAAUAUAGCAGAAUCACCAGGAAUCUUUGAACUGCUCUUUAAGUUUGUCCCUUGAUAUGACUUAGGUUUUUUUUUUUUGUCAGAUGACUUGACCCAUGACACAUGACUAUGUUAAAUCUCCCCUUCUCAAAGCCCUGUGCCUGAAUUGCCAAUUCCACAGAAAAAUAUCUCCUAUUUGCGAGCACCUAGAGGAGAGAAGUGGUCAAGGAAAGCAUUGAAUGAGUUGUGCCUUGGAUUUUUUCUGCCAUUCUGUAAUGAAUCUCUGUAACUGCUGGAUAGUUACCAGAGAAAUUCUCUCAAGUUGAACUUGACUAACAGUGCUUGGUAGACGGUGCCCAUGUGGACACGUGUCCCCCCUUAAACCUUUCCUCUUCUCCCAGCUGUUCCACCUGGGAACACUGGCAGAGACAGGCUCCUGCAGGUGGGACUGUGGAGUUGUCAUCCAGGACAAACCUGGCAGAACAGGAGACAAAGGCGGACAGAGUGCAGCCAAGGGAGGCGAACUAGGGAGGGGAACAGAAGGAGAAGAAAACGUGUUUUGGCAGAAACAACUAGAAACAACAAAUUAACCCCCUGUCCCCUUUUUCCUUUUUUUCUUUUUGUUAACCAUCUUGUUGAUUCCUGGUGAAAACAUCAUAAUUCAUAGCCAUUUUAAACAUGAAUGCUUAAAACGUCUAUUUUGUAAACAUCAAGAAUGGUAAUUUUCUAGAAAUCUCAGAGCUUCAUAACGAUUUGGAAGAACGGUUCUGCACAUUUCAAUAAGACAAGAAACCAGGCAAAUCAAUCUUUUUCACACUAGAACAAAAGCCACAAAAAAGCGUAACAAGAAAUAAAGCAUACUUGAGUUGAUGG